AUGCUGCCUGUGGCUGCCGACGACGUUGCGCCGCUGCGCAUGAAGCGGCUCGGGAAGCGGCGCUUCAACUCGACGCUCAUCCUCGAAGAUGCGCCGCCGCCGUCCAGCUUGGAGCUUCUCUUCGAGUCGUUUCCGAUCCUCGGGCGCUGGCGCCUCAACGUCCGACACCACCAAGCCGCGCCUGCCAACAUGCCGUCGUCGUUCUUGUCGCCAUUGCAGCUGCACCCGAACGUGCCCAACGCCAAGUUUUCCGAUCCCGUUCUCACGUUUGACGUGAGCGAGGCAAACCUCUGCGGCGUCGCGUCGAUCCGCGGCAUCCGCAGCACAAACGAAGACACAUACCGCGUCAUCACCAACCUCGAAAAGUUCUUGUCGAGUCUCCUCGUGACGCAGGCCGACGCGACGCCGGCGAGUGUCCUCGACAAGCACAUGCAGUCGAGCGUCUUUGACUCGGAAGAGUCGCUGCGGCUAAAGGAAGCGACGUGGUUCUUACCAGCGGAAAUUCCUCAAGAACCGUCGACGUGGACGCAGCUCUACGGCGUCUACGACGGCCACGCUGGCCGCCGGUGCUCGGCCACGGUCGCCCGCGCGCUCCCGCUGUACCUCUUGGCCGCCACCGAUACGUUUCAUAGCAAUCUCUCGGCGUGCUUGAAAUCGAGCUGCCUCGCUUUGGACAAAUCCUUUCUCGACCUCGCUGCGGGGCGCGGCUUCAAGGACGGAUCGACCGCGAUCACGGUCCUUAUCCGUAAUGACGAAGUGUACGUCGCCAACAUUGGUGACUGCCGAGCGAUCGUCAUCUCUCUGGACCCUGCUUCGAGCGUACCAAAAGUCAAGCCCUUGUCGGUGGAUCAAAAACCGCACUCGCCCGCCGAGAAGGCGCGUAUCGAAGAAGCGGGUGGUAUUGUGCUCAAUAUUCGAGGCAUCAACCGUGUGAACGGCCUCCUUGCCGUCGCCCGUGCAUUUGGCGACAUUGCCCUCAAGCGGUACAUUGUGGCCGAGCCAGAAGUGACUGUCCACCAGCUCCAGGAGCACGACGCUUUCAUCGUGCUCGCCACCGACGGUCUCUGGGACGUGUUUAGCAACGAAGCUGUCGGGUCCUUCAUCCGAACGUACAUGGACAUGCCGCUUGACAACCUCGCGCUCAAGCUUGCCAAUAUGGCAAUUGAGCUGGGCAGCACAGACAACAUUACCGCCGUCGUCGUCGACGUGCGAUAGCACUUGCUCAAAUACAG